AUGCGUGUUAUGGAGCGCACUUUCCGGGAGCAGCUCUUCUUUCUGGUGUUGUGUCUGUCUGUCCUCAAAGGAGACUCCAGAUAUAUUGAGAAUAACGAGUUCUCAAAAGAUGAUUUAUAUUCAUUUUUCAACUCGGAACCUAAGAGAGAAAUAGCAGAGGAAUUAAUGUACCGUCGACCUUUACGUUGUCUGGACAUGGUUGCAGUCGAGGGUCAGUUCACCUUCACAGCGGAGCGUCCUCAGCUCAGCUGUGCCGCUUUCUUUAUAGCAGAGCCCAAUGAAGUGAUCAGUGUGGAUUAUGACAGUGUUGACAUCGACUGCAGGGGAGGGGACUUCAUCACGGUGUUUGACGGCUGGGUGAUGAAAGGGGAGAAGUUCCCCAGCUCCCAGGAUCACCCGCUGCCUGUGUAUGAGCGUUAUGUGGAUUACUGCGACUCGGGAUCUCUGAGGAGAAGCGUGACUUCCUCUCAGAACGUGGCCAUGAUCUUCUUCCGUAUUCACAACCCCGGCAGCGGCUUCACCCUGACCAUCAGGAAACUCAUCAACCCUUUCCCCUGUAAUGUCAUCUCUCAGUCACCAGAGGGCAGUUUCACAGUGGUGAUCCCGCAGCAACACAGAAACUGCAGCUUCUCCAUCAUAUAUCCAGUGGAGAUCGACAUCUCAGAGUUCAGCUUGGGACAUCACAACAACUUUCCAAAGAGGUCCAUGAUGGGUUGUGCAGAAUCAGGAGAUUUUGUGCAGUUGCUGGGAGGAAAUGGCAUCGACACGUCCAAGCUGCUGCCCAUCACAGACCUCUGCAUCGCCUUCACUGGACCAACCCACAUGAAGAUCGGCUGUGAUAACACCGUGGUGAGGAUGGUCUCCAGCGGGAGGUUUGUCAACCGAGUGUCUUUCAGCUACAGGCUGCUGGACAGCCAGGAACUUCAGACCAUCAAACUCAACAAUGUGGAAGAUUUCUGUUUUAGUAACUGA